ACGGCGCGGUGACGCAGCGCGACGGCGGCGGCGGCGGCGGCGGUGGUCGGUGCGGGAGGAGGGAGGGGAGCUCGCGGGCCGGAGAGGGGGCGACGGCGGCGGCGGGGGCCCGACGAGGCCCGAACGGCGGCAGCGGCGGCUGAGGCCGAGGCGGAGCCUGGAGAGGUGUGGCUGGACCAAGACCUCCCCCGAUGUGAGCAGGUUUCCUCCUCCCCCCACCGCCCGUUGCCACCACGCCAGGGAACGUCCUCAAGCCCUGGCCCUCAGGGGAGAGGUAACAGGAGCUCUGAGCCGAGACCAUGUGACGGCGCUGGCCCUCGCCACCGCCGUCCCCCCCACCCUGGCCCCAGGCCCGGCACCAUGAUGUUCCGCGACCAGGUGGGCAUCCUCGCUGGCUGGUUCAAGGGCUGGAAUGAGUGUGAGCAGACGGUGGCCCUGCUGUCACUUCUGAAGCGGGUCACUCGCACCCAGGCCCGGUUCCUGCAGCUCUGCCUGGAGCACUCGCUGGCGGACUGCAAUGACAUCCACCUGCUAGAGUCAGAGGCCAACAGUGCUGCCAUCGUCAGCCAGUGGCAGCAGGAGUCCAAAGAGAAGGUGGUAUCCCUCCUGCUGUCCCACCUGCCCCUGCUUCAGCCAGGCAACACGGAGGCCAAGUCGGAGUACAUGAGACUGCUGCAGAAAGUGCUGGCCUACUCAAUCGAGAGCAAUGCCUUCAUCGAGGAGAGCCGCCAGCUGCUCUCUUACGCCCUCAUCCACCCGGCCACCACACUGGAGGACCGCAAUGCACUGGCCCUCUGGCUGAGCCACCUGGAAGAGCGGCUGGCCAGCGGCUUCCGCACCCGGCCUGAGCCUACCUACCACUCACGCCAAGGCUCAGAUGAAUGGGGGGGCCCUGCAGAGCUGGGCCCUGGGGAGGCAGGGCCAGGCUGGCAGGACAAACCACCCCGGGAAAAUGGACACGUGCCCUUCCACCCAUCCAGCUCAGUGCCGCCAGCCAUCAACAGUAUUGGGAGCAAUGCAAACACAGGUCUCCCCUGCCAAAUUCACCCCAGCCCGCUGAAGCGCUCCAUGUCUCUCAUCCCCACGAGCCCCCAGGCCCCUGGUGAGUGGCCGAGUCCGGAGGAGCUCGGGGCCCGGGCUGCUUUCACCACGCCCGACCACGCACCCCUCUCACCCCAGAGCAGCGUGGCCUCCUCUGGCAGUGAGCAGACGGAGGAGCAGGGCUCCAGCCGGAACACCUUCCAGGAGGACGGCAGUGGCAUGAAAGAUGUACCCUCAUGGCUCAAGAGCCUCCGCUUGCACAAGUACGCAGCCCUCUUCUCACAGAUGAGCUACGAGGAGAUGAUGACACUGACUGAGCAGCACCUGGAGUCUCAGAAUGUCACCAAAGGUGCCCGCCACAAGAUAGCCCUCAGCAUCCAGAAGCUGCGUGAGAGGCAGAGCGUCCUCAAGUCCCUGGAGAAGGAUGUGCUGGAAGGAGGGAAUCUGCGAAACGCUCUGCAGGAGCUGCAGCAGAUAAUUAUCACCCCCAUCAAGGCCUACAGCGUCCUCCAAGCCACCGUGGCUGCUGCCGCUGCCGCCACCCCUACUGCCAAGGAUGGGAGCCGGGGGGAGCCACCACUGCCAGGUGCUGAGCCUCCCCUGGCUCACCCCGGCACAGACAAGGGCACUGAGGCCAAGGACCCUCCAGCUGCAGAGAGCUACCCCCCUCCACCAGCUCCAGCUCCCACUGAUGGCAGUGAGCCAGCCCCGGCUCCCGUCGCCGACGGAGACAUCCCCAGCCAGUUUACACGGGUGAUGGGCAAAGUGUGCACCCAGCUGCUGGUGUCCCGACCAGACGAGGAGAACAUCACCAGUUACCUCCAGCUCAUUGAAAAGUGCCUGACUCAUGAGGCGUUCACGGAGACGCAGAAGAAACGGCUGCUGUCCUGGAAACAGCAAGUGCUGAAGCUCCUGCGGACCUUCCCGCGCAAAGCCGCACUAGAGAUGCAGAGCUACCGGCAGCAGAAAGGCUGGGCGUUCGGCUCCAACUCGCUUCCCAUAGCUGGCUCUGUGGGGAUGGGGGUAGCCCGGCGGACCCAGCGGCAGUUCCCCAUGCCUCCCCGGGCCCUCCCGCCCGGCAGGAUGGGCCUUCUGAGCCCUUCGGGCAUUGGGGGCAUCUCCCCGCGACAUGCCCUCACUAGCCCCAGUCUUGGGGGCCAGGGCCGACAGAACCUGUGGUUUGCCAACCCCGGAGGCAGCAACAGCAUGCCCAGCCAGAGCCGCAGCUCUGUGCAGCGCACCCACUCCCUCCCGGUCCAUUCGUCGCCCCAGGCCAUUCUCAUGUUCCCUCCAGACUGCCCGGUCCCUGGGCCUGACCUGGAGAUCAAUCCCACUCUGGAGUCUCUAUGUCUGAGCAUGACAGAACACGCCUUGGGUGAUGGGACAGACAAAACCUCCACCAUCUGACGGGACCCACAGCCCAGCGCACCCAUAGGCUCCCUGGGCGGCGGGCGGGGGCCAACCCCCAACGGGCUUCUCCGCGACAGCGAGAGGGUGGGCUGGCUCAGCUAUACAUUCUAGUAUUUUUCUACUCUCUCACCCUUUUAACUUUUGUUUAACAUUGGCACACGCCUUGCUCACUCCCAGGCCUGUCAAGGGGUCUCUGCUGAGGCUCAGGGAGGUAGGGGGCAGCCAGGAUAAAGGGGCAGGGACUGGCCAGCCCGACUGCCCCUCCUUCCCUCCCUCGUUCCCCCACCCGGCCCCGUCCCACCCCUGCCUCCUCCAGACUGCUGGCCCCCUGCCCCUCCCAGGGGAGCAGCUCCCCCCUAUCUUGUGGGGCCUGCUCAGAACCAUCUGACAUUUGUGGAGAGAGAAGUGGGGUACAUAACCUGCUCUCCUGGAUGUUAUUUGGGAGGGGCUGAGGUGAAGGGUGGUGGAUGAGUGGAGGAGCCUCUUUUCCUCUCCUCUCCACCUUCUUCCCCAUUCUCGUCAUUCGCAAGGACAGGAGCCACCCUCCUUUCCCUCACUUCCUUUUGCCCUGUUUAUCAGAGGUUCUCUACAAUUAAUUUCUUAGGCCUAUUUAAGAUGCAUAUUUAUAUAGUUCUUAACGGUUUUUCUCUCUGAUCAUUCCCUCUCAUUUUUAGAAUCCCCAGGCCUCUGAGCCAAGAAAGUGGCAGGGGGAGCCUGAAUUUUACAAGGGGAGAGGGCAGAGCCCCCUCCUCCAGACCCCCUAGCCCUUCCCCACUUCCCCCCAGCCUGGGCUCCCCAGAUGCAGUGGUUGAAGGCCGGGAGCCAGGGCAGCGAGUGAGGUCAGGAAGUCUGUUGCCUUAACAUCCCCUUCCCGCAACCAACACACCCUUGUCCACUCCCGGGUCUGGUUGCUAAAGACUUGGGGGUAAGGAAUAAGGGAAAGGGGAUUGUUUGGUUUUUGGUUUCUUUCCCCACCCCACUUUUUCUUUCAUCCUUCCCCUACCCCCCAUUCUGUCAUGACCUCACUUAAGUGAAACACUAUAUCAUAACCCAGAGAUUUGUCCCAGCCGUGGAAUCAUACAAACCCUCUGGUCUCUGUUCCUGCUGAGGGGUUGUGCUGGGGCCCAGGUGGAGGGAGGGGAUUUGGGGGUUCAGGCUGUGGGGAAGCCAGGGUCCCCUAUUCCAACCCCCCUCUUCCUACUCAACCCACCCCACCCCCCUCACUGGGACAUUCUCAAGCUUUUCACACCGAAAAGGAAAAAAAAAUGUUAUUUUUAGAUACAUUUUAUGAAUAACUUUUGUUAUGAA